AAACCCAAGUAAUUGUUUCCAGUGAACAGUGUUGGGUUAUUUUCUUUUUCAAGUUGGCAGACCAGCAAACCUGUUCAAGGAGUACAUUGCAAAUCUGCGUUUCCUGUGGUGUGGUCUUGUCGGGUUGUUGUUCAUUAGGAUCUGGUCACAGCGGUCAACAUUUCGUGACCAGACCUGCAAGAUCAAGUGCGCCUGCCUGUGUGCCUGUUUCAGGGUUUGACUUUGAAUAGUGAUACAAAAACUUCGAAAAGACUUGCAAUAAAUAAACUUUAUAAAGCCAUUGAGUGGAGUAUUUGAGAAUGGGUAAUUCUCCCAGCUAUCCUCGCGUUGAUCUGACGGGUCGUACGGCUCUGGUGACGGGUGCGAAUACGGGCAUUGGUUACGAAACGGCCAAGGCACUGGCGGGCAUGGGCUGCAACGUCACUGUGGCUUGUAGAAGCGAGCAGAGAGGAUUGGCGGCUAUCCAGCGCAUGCGGGACGAGCUGCCCGACCAGACACUGGAGUUGGAGUUCUCUGCACUUGACUUGGGAUCUUUAGAGGCAACAAAGAGUUUUGCAGAGCAGUAUGCCGCUAGCCACACCAGCUUACAUCUGCUUGUAAUGAAUGCAGGCUGUGCUAUGCCCGCCAUCGGUGGUACGGGGGACGGCUAUGAAUCUCAGUACCAGAUCAACUUUCUCAGCCACUUCCUGAUGACGCUGCUGCUGAUGCCCUUGCUGCAGAACACCGUCACAGCAAUGGCAGAAGAGCCAGCAGCACCGUCCAGCGAUACCACUGCAUCCGAUUCCUCUACCACUGCAGAGGAAGCAGCAUCACCACCACCAGCAGCAGCAGCAGUGAAAGAAGUGCAGCAAGCUACGAGAGAAGUACGCGUGAUACACGUAUCGUCCACAGCGCACACGCUGGGUAAACUGGACCUGGAUGUGCAAGCACCAGCGGAGGGAACCCCGGGCUCUAUGCAGCACUACAACCGCUCUAAGUUUUACCAGGUUCUGAUAGCUAACUACCAACACCGACACUUCAAUCGUCCUGGUCUGGCUUUUCAUUCCUUGCAUCCAGGCAUGGUAAAGACGGAGCUGGCACGUGAUUUUACCGGAGCAUGGAAGCAUAUCUCUGGAGCAUUGAAUGGCAUGGGCCAGCUAAAGACACCAGAAGAAGGAGCGCGCACAACACUUAGUGCGUGUGUAGACCCACGCUGGGAUGGCUUGCCUUCAACAUACUUUGACGAUUGUGUUCCUAAUAGAAAGGCUACGAAUAAAGCAUUUCGGAAUGAAGCUGAUCAAGCUCGUCUCUGGAACUUUUCUCUAGGCCAACUCCAGGCCUACUUGGGGGAUUCCCCACACCUCAACAUUGACUGGGAGGCAGUGGAAGCUGCAAAGUCGAAGACGUCCCAAGUCGCCGCCGCACAGCCAUCAAGUACAGAAGAUGCUCCCGAAGCCGCUGCUGCUGCUGCCGCUUCCACACCGGCACAGCCAGAAGUGCCCAGUGAGAAAGAAGCUGAAGACAAGUGUGAGGACUCCCCUCAAGCCCAGCAAGAAGAGGAGGCACCAGUGAAGGCAGUUGGUGAGAAUGGUGGCGAUGAAGAUGGAGCUGGUGCCACCACUGCUGCUACUGAGACUGAAGACUCUGCCACUGGCAGUGAUACUGCUGAAAGUCCUGCUGCUCCUGCUGCUCCUGCUGCUGCUGUGGUAGGUGAUGGUGUUGAGUCUAAACAGACUGAAGGUGACCAGGAUGCUGCACCUGCGACUUCUGUUGGCGAUGAGAAGGCAGCAGAUACUCCUGACGCCGCUGAUGCGUAAGUACACAUACAUGGGAGAACUGCUGACACACAAGCACACACACACGCACAUGUAUGCACACACACACACGCACACACCACUUCUGUCCUCCGAACUCUGUACAUCAGGCAGCACGUCCUACCAAGAUGCUGGUGUUACUUGCCAGUUAGCAGUUGCUCCUUCUCAACAUGUAGCUAAGUAGUACAUAGGAUGCUUGUAUGCGGUGGAAGCUACGUUGCUUGCAUGGACAGUAAAUUUAUCGUGUAAGAGCCCUGAGUCCCCCUCCCGUAUUAUCCGUAACUUUCUUGCGACUCAAACUUGUUUAGUCACUUUGACUAGGGUACACAGUCUUUUCCGGUCAUGUUUAUUUCCCCUCUUAUUUUAGUUAUUAGCCGAAGCCAGCAGGACUGGUAAAUCAAUUGAGUGACUCCCAGCACACCGGAGAUCAACCCACUCCCUACCCAGAUCAAUCCACUCCCUAUCCAUUCCAUUCCACCUUCUGCAUCAUCAAUUCAUUUCCUCUUUGAUACUCCGAAAAGCUCACAUUUAGCCAACUAUAAUAAUUGUUGUAACCAAAAUGUAGUUAUGAUGUAUAGCCACACAUAUGUUUACAUACCAGUAAGCUGUUAUUUUACAUAAUAUUAUUUUUUGGCAAAUUUCUGCUGGACAUUCUCUACAUAUGUUUAAUAGAGUCAUAAAAUAUAAGAA